CUAUUGCCUCACAAUUUACCAGAGAUUAGCUUGCCACUGCCUUAUCCUUAUCGACGUUUACAGUGUCGUAAAUCACUAACCAUUAACUAGGCUCUUCAUCCUUUCCCAAUUCGUUUAGCCGGUCGUCUUUAACUACUUUAUUGCUAAGAAGGAGAACGCCAAGGAGAACUAUCAUGAUAGAUGGAUUCCUGCAGGGAUCCGAAUACCAAAAAGCGAUGUUCGAAUGCAUGCGAUCGAUGCCGCCGGCAGAAAAUCAAAUGCUCAGGAAGGAAGCCGUGCGAAGGUUGUAUACGUCGGAAGACUAACUGUGUAUGGGAUACGGAAGAGCCCAAAAGAGUGGUCACGAAAAAAUACCUCACCGAGCUCAAAAACAGAAUCUCACAACUGGAAGCUACUGUGGAGCGUAAUGUUCCUCUACCAAGGGCAACAGAUCCUGUUUCUCCAGAGGAUACGGCCACUCCAGCUUCAGAGCCGUCUCAACACACUGAUUUGGCGACUGCUCCUGGAGAACAAUCUCCGCAGUAUGAAGACGAGAGUGAAGACAUCCGAAUGACGAAUCCGUUGUCGGCAGGACCCUCGACGCACAUCAUCGAUCAAGAAGGACGAGCUCUAUUUUUAGGCCAUUCUUCAAAUUGGUCAUUCAUACAACGAGUCUUACGCCUUACAUACAAGCGCCUGCACCGCAACCAUUUCCCAUCAGAGAUGCUACACGGUGACGGGAGAACCUACGACUUGGGCUUGGAUGAUAUGCAGACGACAGUGAUCCCCGACGCCACCAGUCUUCCAUCACUAGACUUCUCAAUAUACCUUAUCAACACAGUCAAGUUCCGGACAGGCCAGAUAUUCCAUCUAUUUGAUGAAGCCACUUUCAUGCCGCAACUAUACGAGUUCUACGAGAACCCGCAGCAGAAAAUGAACACGAUGAGAUUUUGGUACAUCCAUUUCCUGGUGCUCCUCGCAUUUGGAAAAGCUUUUGUCGUCAGCAAUAAUCGGACGAAACGACCACCUGGAUCUGAUUGGUUCGUCCGCGCAACGGCGUUACUUCCUGGUGUGAUGCAGCUAGUGCGAGACCCUGUUGUCUCUACCGAGAUCCUCUGCUGCAUGGCACUCUACCACCAAGCCCUUGAUUCCAGAUGGGCUGCUCACAACCUUAUUGGACAAGCGAUGCGCUUAGCUUUCCUUGAGGGAAUGCACACCGACAUCCGACCCGGACCACUCGAAGAAUCGCAUAUUCAACGAUGUCGAAAAAUCUGGUGGACAGUGUUCAUUCUAGAUCGCCAGAUGUCUGCACUGAUGGGAGUUCCAAUGAGUGUUCACGACAACGAUAUCACCGCGCCACUGCCGGCUUUCCCCGACUCGAGGCAAAAAACAGCUGCGAUAGAGAUCCACGUCAAGCUCUCCCAAACAUUGGCGCAGGUCGUCAACAUCGUUUAUGGCAUCGAUGGAAGAUGGGAACAGACUUUCAUAUCCAGCACACAGGACGUUCUCCGACGAGUAGCCAACGUAGCGGAUGAGCUCGCCGCCAACUUCGAGGUACCUCCGCCAAACCAAGGGAAAGGGAUCCCUCGUGUGUCUGGUCACUUGAAUCUGCUUUACCAUCAGUGCAUUCUACUAGCCACACGCCCCUUUCUCCUCAGUUUCUUCGAUAAGCGCUUGGAGACAUUGGAUGGCGAGAACACGUCCUCCGUCUUGGCUGAUCCAGUCCGGAUUCUGCUGCAAGUGUGCUACGAAUCAGCAAGGAAAAUCGUAACCGUUCUCCGAGCACUGCAAGAGCAAUCUUUGAUAGAGAGCUUUAUCCCAUUCGAUCUGGAAAGCGCCUUGUCCGCCGGCAUGGCCAUCGCAAUGACAAACACUGUUAGUCCAGCCAUAUCAAGCGACGCCGAAGAUCUGUUGCACACUGUAUACGACGUUCUGGACGAAAUGGGCUUCAAAGGGAACUUGGUGGCCAGUGUUCGGCUGUCCGAGCUGAGGCAUCUGGAGUUUAUGCUUGGAGAAGCAAAGGCGGCUUUGGAGAGGACUUCUGCUGCAAUGGCAGAGAUUGAUGCUGCCACGACGGGCAAUACAUCUGUAUAUGUGCCAAUGACUCCAUUGGGCAAUACUGGAGAGCUCAUGAGGAUGAUGGAGGGCUCGGGAGAUCUUGAUACGUUGAUGUCCUCGCAGCUUCUGAAUGUUGCCGAGUUUUUGAAUAUCUAUAGCGUAUCUGGCCAUCCUUCGAUGGAUGCGGGGGAUUUGCUAUAGUUUUUCUUUAUUUUCAUGAAAACUUCACAGCUUCCAAAGUUUGGUAGACAAACAAUGUCGGAUGCAAGAUCACUC